AUGUAUACAGAAUUAUACUCGUAUGAUGUACGAAUCGAGAGAUUGAGUAUUUAAUUACGUACUUUGUUGCUUCAAACAUGACGUUUGACAACUGAGAGCCUAACCUUGUCUGAUUUGUGUAUUUAUAUACGGCAUUUAUAGCAACACGCGCUCUUUGACGCUAUCAUGGUACGUGAAACAAUAACUGUUAUUUAAUUAAUAUGUGCAAUUAAACGCAUGUAUUAUAUUACGUCUUGAAAUAUAUAUGCUUAAAGAUAAAAUAUACGUUAUCGUUCAAUAAUUCCGUAAAUAAAUAUUUAAUGUAAAUUAGUUUAGAAAUAAAUGCAGGUUUUAAUCAUAACAUGUCAUUUGAUAUUUAUUAUUUAAAAAAUGAAUAUAUUAUUUUGUUAAAAUUAUUAUUGAGUAUUAAAUUAAAUUAAAUAAAGGAAAAUUGCUAAGAAAUGAGAAUAUUUUUCACAUACACAAAAUUUAAAAGACUCAGAUCAAAAAGAUUAUUUUGAUAACUGUCAUUUGCACAGUACUUGUUCAGUAUUCUCAUAUUUCUGUUUCAUUGUUGAAGUGCCAAGUAAAUUAUAUUUACAGGACAAUGAUGCAGCUGCUCUGCAGAAUUUGGAGCAUCUUAUGACUGAAUUUUUUUCUCCAGAAACAACUAAUGAACGAAAACGUACAAUUGAAAGAAGUUUUCAGGAAUUUGCGGCGCAGAUUGAUUCCUGGAGACCAUGUUUACAUUUUUUGUCUUCUACUAACAAUCAUUAUGUCAGUAUGUUUGCUUUGUCUACGUUAGAGACAACAAUUGGAAGAAGAUGGCCAAUACUGCCAUGGGAAGACAGAGCUCUUACAAGAUCAACUUUAUAUACCUUAUCACUAGAAAGAGGUGUAGCUCCUUUUGUAAGAAACAAAGUAGUUAAAUUAGUUGUAGAUAUUGCUAGACACGAUUGGCCACAUUUCUAUCCAGAUUUUUAUUCAAAUAUUUUACAGUUAUUAAGUCACAAGCAUACAAGACUGUUGGGUCUCAUUUACUUGCGAACUGCUUCAGAAGAACUAGCCACUCCAAGAGAAGAUUUGCCAAUACAAAGGAAAAAUGAAUUAUUUAGAUUUCUUAGUGCUCAAGUGCCUUUGACUUUGGAUUCUCUUACAAUACUCUUAAAAGAAGCAACAAAAUUGCAAAGUCGUUCUGGAACAGUUACACCGCCUCCAUCGCCCACUAGUGGACAAACAGUAGCACCUGCAAGGGCCAUUCUAGAUGUAGAAGGAUUAGCAACGGGAACUAGUGAAGUUUGUAUAGCAACACUAGAUGUGUUAGCACAUCUUUUUAGUUGGAUUGAAUUGUCAGAACAUAUCUCUACAAAUUUAUUAGAUGCCAUUUUUACAUGUGCCAGGUAUCACGAUGCAAUGAAUAGUAAACAGAUUGAAAUGGCUGUACAAGCUGUGACCACCAUAAAUGAACUUUUAUAUCGACCAUUAUGUUCUCCCGAUGUAACUGAUAGAUUGUUAGUAGAAAUAUUUCAAAAUGGAGUUACAUUAUUUCAGCUUUUAGAACGUUUAGAUUCUAUAAACGAGAGUUAUAUGGAGAAACUGACAGAGUUUUUACAAUUAUUUGUAACAAAUCAUCUAAAAAGAGUUGAGUCUUGUCCAAAAUUUCCAGUAAAUACGUUAUUAGAAGUUUUGUGCCAUCAUACUUUUCAACAAUGUUCAACAGUAACCGGAUAUCUACGAUGUUUAGACGUUUGGACUACUCUUUUAGAAAGUACUCAAUCUCGCUACUCUCCAGUAGCACUAGCUCUUGCCGAAAGAGUAUUGCAAAAAAUGAGUUUUAAGCUCAAUACACGUACAUUAAAAGAUCUUGACACAGAAAGUUUAGAUGAAAAUUACCGUUCUUGGCGAGAAGGACUAGUAAUGUUUGGAGAAUUAGGUGCUGUUACUGCUAAUAAUCAAGUUAUUUUAUUAAACGAACCUGAGGCAUCAAAUGUACACGCGCAUUUACGAGAUUUAGCUUCUACUACUCAAGCAUUAGCAAGAUUGUACUCACUUUUCCUUGGCGAUGAUCAGAGUAUUGAUCAGUCAUUAGCUGAAGAAGUAGUGUCUCAAACAUUAGAUGCUUGUAAAUUUGCCAAGACGAACCAAUUGUACAAAGCAUCACUGCAACCAGCUGCAAUUGUAAUAGAUUUUAUAGAAGUUCAUUCACAGUUAUUAGCUUCACUUCAAGCUUGGUGUCAUUGGAUAGCCAAUAGGCCAGAAAAAACAAAAGAGUCACUUUGUCAACGAUGUAUUGAUUCGUGUAUUUUAGCAUUAGAUUAUACAACAUUCUGUGAUAAUCCACCACCAGCCAAUUUGAUUCAUUCCGCUACACAUCUUUUUCAAAGUAUCACUGCUAUUUUAAAACCUGUUUUAUGGGAUGAACCUACGUUUAGAAAUUUAAUUUCUAUGGUAACAUAUCCAUUCUUUAAACCUGAUACAAUAAAAGUAUUGCGAAGAGCAUUAGUGAAUGCAAUUGUAUUACCACAUGGUGAUGGAACUAUUAGAGAACGAUUAUUAAGCACGAUGAUAUCCACACUAUCUACGCCUCUUGGUUUAGAAGGACAACCUGUACCUUCUGAGUCUACAAUUUCAAUGACAGUAGUGCCAUUAACUCAAUUACUAGAAGACUGUUCUGCCUCGUCUACGACGAUAAAAAAAAUUUUACAUUCAUGUUUGGGAUCAACUAUAAAUCGAACAUUAGAACUAUUGCCAUAUAUGAUAAGAUGUCAAAGUGUAUGCGAGAUUUUGCUUAGUUUUUUGCAUUCAGUGUUUUCAGUGUUACAACAACAACUAGGUCCUGAGUUUACUCAAAAUGCAGUUCAAGGACUGUUACAUAUUUAUACUAGAGAAAAUAUAUCUGCGGGACCUGCGUUAGAUCAGUUAUUAGAAAUCUUAAUAUUGGUCGUUUCAGCACCUAGUAGUGCAUUUAAAGCAUUUGUUCCUUCAGUGACUAACUUAUGUUUAGGCCAAGUAUGGCCGGCUGUUGGAAAUGAUCUUAGUGCAUAUCCAGAUACCACACUUGUGUUACUAAAACUUUUCUACAGUAUACUUAUGCAUCGAUGGCAAUAUUUUUAUAAUACUUCUAUAUUACGUACUCUUGGUCAUGCUGAUGAAGAGGAAUCUGUCGAACACAAGGAAGAAUUAGUUGCAAUUUUAGAAGCUUUUGGUCAAGCUCUUCUUCAACCAGAUGUUAACAUAUUUCGUCAAAGUUUACAAAGUUUAGAACAAUUAAAUAUACGAUGGCGGCUUUAUCAACGAGCUGUUUUCAAAGUUCAUUUACUCGAAAGAUUUCUAAUGGCGUUAUUUACCGUUUUAUUUCAACAAUCUCACAAUUUACUGGCAGAUGAAAUUGCAACUGCUAUUCAUAGUUUAGCUUCAGUUAAUAUAGCAUGGUUUUUCGGACAUUUUUUGCCAACAUUUUUAGCAAGCUGUGAAGGUGUAGACGACAUGCAAAAAGCUACAUUAUUAGGAAACUUUGACAAAUCUACAGACCAACCAACUUUGACGAGGUCAGUGCUGCAAUUAAUUUCUGACUUGCGAUGUUAUCAGUUUUGUCGACCGGGUUGAAAUAAUUGUAUUUCAAUAAGAAGAAUUACAAUUAAGAUAUGUUCAAUGUCUGAGUAAUGAAAUUAUAAAAAAGUAAUUUCUACUGAAGUUCUAUUUUGUUUCGUGGCAUACACUGAACAUUUAAAAGUCGUAAUAUAUAAAAAGACGAAUAACAUUAUAAUUCUGUGUAAAUCACUGCCGUAUCGCAUUGUGAUGUCGCUAGCAUUAUUAUAGUGUUAGAAUAAAACGUUUUUGUAAUAUUUUAAUUACUAUUAAAGGAACACACGAAAAAUUUUUUAUUGUAGGUUUUAAAAAAUACUAUAUAGUAGAAUCCACUAUAACGCGAAAGAUACGAAUUCUGUGUUAAAAACCAGAAAACGAAAAGUAAAUAAAUUUUUUUUGAUGUAUAUUUGAUAAUUAUACAUCACACAAUAGAUAAUCGUCUAUCAUCUACUUAUCAUACAAAAAUUAACGCAUACACAUAAAUGAGUCAAAUUUACAACAAAAUGCAGAAGACAAACGCAGCAUAAGUUUCAAAAAUGAUCUUUUGUGACUAAAACUAAAAACAUUUUCAUAUUGAUUGUUAUAUUUAAUAUAUUAGUUAUAUUUAAUAACUAAUGAACUAAAGUGUGAUGAAAAUAUAACUAAACUACGAAUAUAUAUACAGUGUGUUUGUAUCAACUAAGAACACAUACCUCGAAAAACAUUAAAUCUUUCAGACAAAAGUUUUUUAUAAGAUAUUUUGGGAGACAUACAUAUGUUGAUGAUGUUUGAUUUGUAGCCUUCUUGAGAAACUCUGUAAAAGUCACGUUUAAAAUUUAAAAUAAAAACUUAUACUUUUGAUUAUAUACUUGUAGCUAGUAUCAAGAUGUUUUCAAAACACUGUAUAUUUGUGGUACAUAUGUAAAUUGUUAUCGAGAUAUGAGCUUGCAAAUUUUAUAUUUGGUCAGCAUUAUUAUUAUAUACGGCGAGUAAAUUGUUCGAUCGAACUUUGUACAUUGUACAUUAUGAGUUUAAAAAAAAUCGAUUUUGUAUGCGUAUGAUGUGUGUAAAUAAUUCAGUUUCAUAUAUUUAGUAUUUUGUAAGACACUUAAUAAUUAGCAAUCGUCUUCAUCUUAAUUUUCUAUUAUUCAAGUAUUUAACAAGAUUUCUUAGCACUUAUUCAUUUACUUUUGUUUCACUUUCCUUUGAUAUGUUAUCCUUCAAAAAAUAGAUAGCGUUACAUUCAUCUUAAAAAUUCUCUUUUUCCAUGUUUUAUACUUGUGGAGCUAUAAUUCUAUAUAUGUCAGUGAUUCUUAUUUGUAAAUAUCAUUUAUAAGUAUAUUGUAAAUAAUUUGUUUUAAGUUCAGUCAGUUCAGGGUGAAUAUACACCUUGAAUGGAUAAGUGUUAUUUUCCUGUAUUAAAAUUAUAGAUAAAAAAAAAAGACAUUUAUAAUAAAAAUUUGAAUGGUUUCUCAUUUUACAUUAUUUGCGAGAUAGUUAUUAAAUUUAUAGAAAUUUUUUCUUUAUAUAAAAACUCCUACCAUUAUUAUGAUAGUAGUAUUUCACCAGAAAUUUUGAAUUUGUCACGUCGAGAUAUACAUAUGUAGAAUGCAAAUAAAUAUAUUAAAUAUGUUGUACUUACUGGACAAUGUAAUAUUUAAAUAAUUUUAUCGUAAUUUUUAAUUUAAUGUGUGUGUAUAUACAUACACAUUAUCAGUUACUAAGUAUCUG